AUGGUGUCCUACUAUGACGAGAUAGAAAUCGAAGAUUUCACCUGGGACGAGAAAGCGAAAGUUUACCACACACCAUGUCCAUGUGGUGACCGAUUCGAGAUCACCAAGUCCCAACUCUCCAAAGGAGUCGAUGUCGCUACCUGUCCGAGCUGCAGUCUAAUCGUCCGAGUGGUCUAUGACAUGCUUGACUUCGAAGAUUACGAAUCAGAAGAAGGGGACGAAAAAAGUGAUUCAAGUAGCAUUGAUGAAAAAUCGACUCCCAUAGAAGAUUCGCUAUCACAUUUGACCUUGUAA